AACAGCCUAAAAAUUAUGGAUAAGGAGUAGAAGGAAAUUGCUGAAAGCAGUAGCUAGCUGUUGUUGAGUGUUUUGAGCCAUGGCUGGGAUCACCACCAGCUGCGCAUCCAAAGCUAUGCUAUACCGAACCACAUAUAAAACGACGCCGUCUCCACUCUCACUCUCCUCCGUGGAGUCCAAACUCUUCGGCCUUCGUUUUAAUAACUCCUCCAGCUGUUUUGGCUGUCUCUCCUCAACCGUCAGCAGCCCAAUAACCGCCCGUUUCGGCGGUGGGCCGCGUUUUCCCGGCAAUGACCCCAGGCGCUCACGGAAGAGCGACUCCGAUGAGGACGAGGCCCUUGAUGUCUCCUCUAUCAGGUCAGAUACCGUGAGGCUAAUUGAUGCGAAGCAGAACAUGGUUGGAGUGGUCUCUAAAAGGGAGGCUAUUCGACUGGCUGACGAUGCUGAUCUUGAUUUGGUAAUAUUAUCUCCAGAAGCAGAUCCUCCAGUUCUCAGGAUAAUGGAUUACAAUAAAUAUAGGUAUGAACAACAAAAGAAGAAAAGAGGCCAGCAGAAGAAAAGUGCAGCAAGCCGCAUGGAUUUGAAGGAGCUCAAAAUGGGUUACAACAUUGACCAACAUGAUUACUCUGUACGUUUGAGAGCUGCCCAGAAGUUUUUGAAAGAUGGUGAUAAGGUCAAGGUUAUUGUCCACUUGAAAGGCCGUGAAAAUGAUUUCCGAAAUAUUGCUAUUGCACUUAUCAAACGCUUCCAGAAUGAUGUUGGGGAGCUGGCAACAGAGGAAGCCAAAAGCUUCAGCGACAAGAACAUGUUUAUAGUUUUAGUUCCCAACAAGGCUAUUCUACAGAAAGCUCAAGAACCACCGCCGAAGAAGAAAGAAAACUCUGCACCUGCAGUGAAUGAAAUAUCAGCUGGUGUCUGAGUGGACUUGAGUUUGAAGCAGGUUUUACAUGUAGGUAAAUCAUUUGGAUUUUCAUUUUGUUUGUCAACUAGGUUGGGAAUCUCGGAGGUUGUGUAUAGAGUGUUGUACGAGAAGAACAUGUAUAAUAGAUUUUGAUAUCAAGACUGUCUUUUCAAUUAACAAACUUGCAGAAUUUUGUAGACUGUAAUCUUCAAAAAAAAUAAAAUAACAAAAAUGUAAAGCUUUCAUAUGAAGCGAACA